UGCCGGCCAUGGCGGCGGCGCGGAUGGCCGACGCCGGCUGGAGGCUGUUGGAGCGACGGGCCCGCAACAAGCGCUCAGUUUAGCCUGAGACGUAUGUGGUUAGAGACAAGAUUUUGCAAUGGCCAGUUCGGACAAUGAGGCAGCCACUUCUUCCCGUGCUUUCUUAAGGUCUGGCAAAUUUUCUGGCUCAGUUUAUGAACCUCUCAAGAGUAUUGAUCUCCGGAGGCCAGAGGAUGAAACUCUGUGGGAUAAACUGGAUCAUUACUACCGAAUUGUGAAGGCGACAGUUCUACAGUACCAAAGUCCAACCACUGGUCUCUUUCCCACCAAAACCUGUGGUGAUGAUGGGAAAGCCAAGGUGCAAGAUAGCCUUUACUGUGCUGCAAGUGCCUGGGCAUUAGCACUUGCUUAUAGGCGUAUUGAUGAUGACAAGGGAAGAACCCAUGAGCUGGAGCAUUCUGCUAUAAAAUGUAUGAGAGGAAUUCUCUACUGCUAUAUGCGCCAGGCUGAUAAGGUUCAGCAGUUCAAGCAAGAUCCCCGCCCAACAACAUGCCUCCAUUCUAUAUUCAACGUGCAUACUGGAGAUGAAGUCUUCUCCUAUGACGAAUAUGGCCACCUUCAGAUAAAUGCUGUGUCACUAUACCUCCUUUAUCUCGUGGAGAUGAUCUCCUCAGGACUCCAGAUUAUCUACAACACAGAUGAGGUGUCCUUCAUUCAGAACCUUGUAUUUUGUGUGGAAAGAGUCUACCGGGUACCUGACUUUGGUGUCUGGGAAAGAGGAAGCAAAUACAACAAUGGCAGCACAGAGCUACAUUCCAGCUCUGUCGGCUUAGCAAAAGCAGUUUUAGAAGCAAUUAACGGAUUCAACCUCUUUGGCAACCAGGGAUGUUCUUGGUCUGUUAUAUUUGUGGAUCUCGAUGCUCAUAAUCGAAAUAGACAAACUCUUUGUUCACUGUUACCCAGAGAAUCCAGGUCUCACAACACAGAUGCAGCUCUCCUUCCCUGCAUUAGUUACCCUGCCUUUGCUCUGGAUGAUGAUGCUCUGUUCAGUCAAACACUUGAUAAAGUUGUGAGGAAGCUGAAAGGAAAGUAUGGUUUCAAACGUUUCUUAAGAGAUGGGUACAGAACAUCUUUGGAAGAUCAAAAUAGACGGUAUUAUAAACCAGCAGAAAUCAAGCUCUUUGAUGGCAUUGAAUGUGAAUUCCCAAUUUUUUUCCUCUAUAUGAUGAUUGAUGGCGUUUUCAGAGGAAAUCCUAAGCAAGUGAAGGACUAUCAGGAUCUUCUGACUCCGGUACUUCAUCAGACAGCAGAAGGGUAUCCGGUUAUUCCCAAGUAUUACUAUGUGCCCGCUGACUUUGUGGAAUCAGAGAAGAGAAACCCUGGUAGUCAGAAGCGAUUUCCUAGCAACUGUGGACGUGAUGGAAAGCUUUUUCUUUGGGGACAAGCCCUUUACGUCAUUGCAAAACUACUGGUUGAUGAAUUAAUAAUCCCAAAAGACAUAGAUCCAAUACAGCGUUACGUCCCUGUCCAGGAUCAACGAAAUGUUAGUAUGCGGUUCUCUAACCAGGGGCCCCUGGAAAAUGAUUUGGUGGUUCAUGUAGCCCUGAUAGCAGAAAGCCAGCGCCUACAGGUUUUUCUGAAUACGUAUGGUAUCCAGACUCAAACUCCACAACAGGUGGAACCUAUUCAAAUAUGGCCUCAACAAGAACUUGUGAAAGCCUACUUCCAGCUGGGCAUCAAUGAAAAACUAGGACUGUCUGGAAGACCAGACAGGCCUAUUGGGUGUCUGGGCACAUCAAAGAUCUAUCGAAUCCUAGGAAAAACUGUGGUUUGUUACCCUAUCAUCUUUGACCUAAGUGACUUUUACAUGUCCCAAGAUGUCUUGCUCCUAAUUGAUGACAUUAAGAAUGCCUUGCAAUUUAUUAAACAAUACUGGAGAAUGCAUGGUCGGCCAUUAUUCCUCGUGCUCAUUCGUGAGGAUAAUAUCAGGGGAAGCCGGUUCAAUCCCAUAUUGGAUAUGUUGGCAGCUUUUAAGAAGGGAGUGGUUGGAGGGGUCAAAGUUCAUGUUGAUCGACUCCAGACACUAAUAUCAGGAGCUGUUGUCGAACAACUUGACUUCCUGAGAAUCAAUGAUUCGGAAGAGCUUCCAGAGUUUAAGAGCUUUGAGGAAUUAGAAUUGCCGAAACAUUCAAAGGUCAAGAGGCAAGCCAGUACUCCAAACGCUCCUGAACUGGAACAGCAACCCGAUAUAAACAUAAUUGAGUGGAAAAACAGAGCAACACACGAGAUUCUUCAAAAACUAAGUGACUGCAACUGCCUGGCAAGUCAAGCCAUACUGUUGGGCAUUCUACUCAAAAGGGAAGGCCCCACUUUCAUCACAAAGGAAGGAACUGUUUCUGAUCAUAUUGAAAGAGUCUAUAGAAGAGCUGGCAGUAAAAAACUUUGGUCAGUGGUGCGCUCUGCUGCAAGCCUUUUAAGUAAAGUAGUGGACAGCCUUGCACCAUCUAUUACUAAUGUUUUGGUUCAGGGCAAACAGGUAACUCUUGGGGCCUUUGGGCAUGAGGAAGAGGUGAUCUCCAAUCCCUUGUCUCCUCGAGUGAUUAAGAACAUCAUCUAUCACAAGUGUAGUACCCACGAUGAGAGGGAAGCCGUCAUUCAGCAAGAACUUGUCAUUCACAUUGGCUGGAUCAUCUCCAACAACCCCGAGCUAUUUAGUGGCAUGCUGAAAAUACGAAUUGGGUGGAUUAUCCAUGCCAUGAAGUAUGAGCUCAAAAUUCGUAGUGGAGACAUGCCGGCCUUGGACUUAUACCAGCUUUCCCCUAGUGAAGUUAAGCAGCUUCUGUUGGACAUUCUUCAGCCUCAGCAAAAUGGGAGGUGUUGGCUGAACAGGCGUCAGAUUGAUGGUUCCCUAAAUCGAACGCCUGCUGGUUUCUAUGACAGGGUGUGGCAGAUCCUGGAGCGAACACCCAAUGGGAUCAUUGUAGCAGAAAAGCACUUGCCACAGCAACCAACACUGUCAGAUAUGACUAUGUACGAAAUGAAUUUCUCCCUCUUGGUGGAAGACAUGUUGGGAAAUAUUGACCAGCCUAAAUACAGACAGAUCAUUGUGGAGUUAUUAAUGGUUGUGUCCAUCGUGCUGGAAAGAAAUCCGGAGCUAGAAUUUCAAGAUAAAGUGGAUUUGGACAAAUUGGUGAAAGAAGCAUUUCGUGUCUUUCAAAAAGACCAGAGUGGGUUAAAAGAAGUCGAUAAGCAAGAUGAUAUGACAUCUUUCUACAACACCCCCCCACUGGGAAAGAGAGGAACUUGCAGUUACCUGACAAAGGUUGUGAUGAAUUUGUUGCUGGAAGGAGAAGUGAAACCAAACAGCGACGAUCCUUGCAUGGUUAGCUAGAAGGAGAGGGAAAAGGUAGUUUAGUUGCCCUGCAUUUUCCAGCUUUGAUGAAUUAUUGUUUGGAAAACUCACACUGAGCAAUUAGCACCUGACUGCCAAUGAGAUCUUGGUCUCCGCUUAUUAGUGCUGCAGUUGAUUGUUAGCAAUAAGAAAAGUUAUUGAUCAAGCAAAACAUUCUUGAAGCUGCCAUUACUGAGGAGAGUCAGAAGGGAUGUCAAUGGCAGAAAUCGCAUCGAAUAAAAAUUAAACCCUGCACGAUGCAUGACAGAGACUGCUCAUGAAAAAGAGGUGUUUGGUCUUUGAACUAAUUCCCUGGUUGGCGUUUAUACUUAGUCCUGUGCUACAAAGGAUUUCUUCACCAAUAAAGUUUUUUGUGUAGAUCAAAAGAUGUUGCAAGAA